CUUGUUAGCUGUGAAGGAGGAGGCUUCUACCCAAUUCCAAAACAUAAUCUCACUGGAAAAAUAGGGUGGCAGCUAAAGAUAGAAACCUUGGACUAUAAUUCCUAUCUGCCUGUGUUUUUUCAUGGCCUUUGUGAAGUGACAUUUCCACAUGAGUUUUUUGCUCGUCAAGGAAUUCAUGACAUGCUGGAACAUGGUGGAAACAAGAUUCUUCCUGUCAUUCCUCAGCUCAUAAUCCCAAUAAAAAACGCACUGAACCUUCGUAACCGGCAGAUCAUCUGCAUCACACUGAAAGUCCUCCAGCACCUGGUGGCAUCAGCUGACAUGGCGGGGAGGGCCUUGGUGCCCUAUUAUCGGCAAAUCCUCCCAAUCCUAAGCAUCUUUAAGAAUAUGAAUG